UCGCUCCGGCGGUGUGUGCUGCAGUGCGCUCCGGGGAGCAAUAUUUUUUUGUGCAAUCAGGGUGCGGUUGGUCUAUAGAUCAGCGGCGGCCUCCCUGGCAUCAUGAGUUUGCCUUUAAACCCCAAACCUUUUCUUAAUGGCCUUACUGGUAAACCGGUAAUGGUAAAACUGAAGUGGGGUAUGGAAUAUAAGGGUUACCUGGUCUCUGUGGAUGGAUACAUGAACAUGCAGCUUGCAAAUACAGAAGAGUAUGUAGAUGGUGCAUUGUCUGGACAUCUGGGAGAAGUUUUAAUACGUGAUGGCUAUAUAAAGGCUGUCGGACCCACGGAGGUCAUCCGUAGUGAAUUUUCCCACGUGUUAUUUGAGACUGUAAUUGACUGUUCUGGAAAGUGUGUUCUGCCAGGAUUUGUAGAUGCGCACACUCAUCCUGUCUGGGCUGGUGAUCGAGUGCAUGAAUUUGCUAUGAAGCUUGCAGGUGCCACGUACAUGGAUAUCCAUCAGGCUGGAGGUGGGAUCCAUUUCACAGUAGAGCACACAGAAGCGGCUUCUGAGGAAGAGCUAUUCUGCAGCUUUAGGCAGCGCCUGGACCGCAUGCUGAGAUGCGGAACCACUUUAGUUGAGUGCAAGAGUGGAUAUGGCUUGAAGCUGGAGACUGAACUGAAGAUGCUGAGAGUGAUUGAGCGAGCACAAAGAGAAAUGGAUAUUGGCAUCUCUCCUACAUACUGCGGGGCACAUUCUGUACCAAAGGGAAAGACAGUAGAAGAAGCCACCAAUGACAUCAUUGAACAUCAUCUCCCUGCUCUGAAGUGAAUGGCAGUGAAUGGUGAAAUUCAUGUAGAUAAUAUUGAUGUGUUCUGUGAAAAAGGAGUCUUUGACUUGGAGUCCACAAGAAGGAUUCUACAGGCUAGGCAAGCUAUAGGUUUACAUCUGAACUUUCAUGGCGAUGAACUGAACCCCAUGAAUUCUGCUGAGUUAGGUGCAGACUUAGGAGCUCAUGCCGUGAGUCACCUAGAGGAAAUAAGUGAUGAAGGCAUUGCUGCAUUAGCUGCAGCAAAGUGUUCUGCCAUUUUGUUGCCUACAACUGCGUACAUCCUAAGACUUAAACAACCCCGAGCUAGGGACAUGCUCAAUGCUGGUGUAAUAGUAUCUUUGGGCAGCGACUUCAAUCCAAAUGCUUACUGCUUUUCUA